AUGCUCCCUGUCCCUGUGCUCCCUGUCCCUGUGAUCCCUGUCCCUGUGAUCCCUGUCCCUAUGCUCCCUGUCCCUGUGAUCCCUGUCCCUGUGCUCCAUGUCCCUGUGCUCCCUGUCCCUGUGCUCCCUGUCCCUGUGCUCCCUGUCCCUAUGCUCCCUGUCCCUGUGAUCCCUGUCCCUGUGCUCCCUGUCCCUGUGCUCCCUGUCCCUGUGAUCCCUGUCCCUAUGCUCCCUGUCCCUGUGAUCCCUGUCCCUGUGCUCCCUGUCCCUGUGCUCCAUGUCCCUGUGCUCCAUGACCCUGUGCUCCAUGACCCUGUGCUCCCUGUCCCUGUGCUCCAUGUCCCUAUGCUCCCUGUCCCUGUGCUCCCUGUCCCUGUGCUCCCUGUCCCUGUGCUCCAUGACCCUGUGCUCCAUGACCCUGUGCUCCAUGACCCUGUGCUCCCUGUCCCUGUGCUCCAUGUCCCUAUGCUCCCUGUCCCUGUGCUCCCUGUCCCUGUGCUCCAUGUCCCUGUGCUCCCUGUCCCUGUGCUCCCUGUCCCUGUGCUCCAUGACCCUGUGCUCCAUGACCCUGUGCUCCAUGACCCUGUGCUCCCUGUCCCUGUGCUCCAUGUCCCUAUGUUCCCUGUCCCUGUGAUCCCUGUCCCUGUGCUCCCUGUCCCUGUGCUCCCUGUCCCUGUGCUCCCUGUCCCUGUGCUCCCUGUCCCUGUGCUCCCUGUCCCUGUGCUCCCUGUCCCUGCGCUCCCUGUCCCUGUGAUCCCUGUCCCUGUGCUCCCUGUCCCUGUGCUCAUGUCCCUGUGCUCCAUGACCCUGUGCUCCCUGUCCCUGUGCUCCAUGUCCCUGUGCUCCCUGUCCCUGUGCUCCCUGUCCCUGUGCUCCCUGUCCCUGUGCUCCAUGUCCCUGUGCUCCAUGACCCUGUGCUCCAUGUCCCUGUGCUCCAUGUCCCUGUGCUCCCUGUCCCUGUGCUCCCUGUCCCUGUGA